AUGGAACAAAAAGUUGUUGCCAGAUCAAGGUUCAAGAGAGUAUGUGUGUUUUGUGGGAGCAGUUCUGGGAAGAGAGAAUGCUAUAGAGAUGCCGCACUUGAGUUGGGCCAGGAGCUGGUGGCAAGAAAAAUGGACCUUGUAUAUGGCGGGGGAAGCAUUGGGUUAAUGGGUUUGGUUUCACAAGCUGUUCACAAUGGAGGCGGCCACGUUCUCGGGAUCAUACCCAAACCCCUGAUGGGCAAAGAGAAAACUGGGGAAACAAUUGGAGAAGUGAGACCGGUGGCUGGUAUGCAUCAGAGAAAGGCUGAGAUGGCCCGCCAUUCUGAAUGCUUCAUAGCCUUACCAGGUGGGUACGGCACUCUGGAAGAGCUAUUGGAAGUCAUCACAUGGGCACAGUUGGGUAUUCAUGAUAAGCCGGUGGGAUUACUAAAUGUUGAUGGUUAUUACGACUUCCUCCUCACCUUCAUUGAUAAAGCCGUGGAUGAUGGCUUCAUCAAGCCUUCUCAGCGUCAUAUCUUCGUCUCCGCCCCUAACGCCAAAGACUUGGUUCAGAAACUGGAGGAAUACGUGCCAGUGCACGAUGAAAGCAUUGCUAAGGUGAAGUGGGAGGGAGAGCAGCAGCAGCAGCAGCAGCAGCAAUAA